CCCUUAGUGGUAGGAAGCCGUUGGAUUGAUGGGCAUCCUGCCAUUUCAUUUCACCUUAAAUGAAAAGGAAAUGAGAAGAUGAAACUUCUUGGACCCUCUGGUGUAAUGCAGCAAGAACUGGGCUAGUGCUUGGAGAUCACUGUUUAAAGUUUGCCACACGAGAAGAAGAAGCCAUGGUGUGCAUUCCUUGUAUUGUCAUUCCGGUCCUCCUCUGGGUCUAUAAGAAAUUCCUUGAACCAUAUAUCUACCCCAUCAUCGCACCAUUCAUUAAGCGCGUGUGGCCCAAGAGAGCGGUGGAAGAAACGACAAACACAAAACAAGGUCAAGGAGGCAGCGCUGGAAAUCCACGGGCAGCUUCAGCCGUGAAAAGAGAUCAAGAGGAUGAGCCUGGAAUUUGUAAAUUUGAAAGCAACAGCCUUGCAAAUGGAAUUGCUGCAAAGAGAUCCACGGAGGUGUCUGACAAAAAAGCAGAUUGAAGGAAUUCAUCCACAUGGAUUUUUUUCCCUUGUGUCCAAUAUGAACUGGUGAUAUUUCUCUCACUUUGAGACUUUUCUCAUUGCACGUUGCUGAAUAAAACCCCUUAUCACUUCCAGGAGAGGGUCUCUCUUGCUGCUAAAGUGGCAGCUAGCUUAUUUCUUAAUUUAAAAUGUUUGGAACCUGAAGUUCUUUGUUUUCCUCACUGAAACUACUUCUCAUCCGUAAUCUAUUUGGUGUGAUUAGAGUUUAGGUUAAAUAACUUAUGAAUAACUAGUUUUGGAGGGUAAAUGUAUCUUAGCCUCUCAGUUUUGCUGACUGCUAGUGCAAUACUUCAGGCUUUCACCUUGUAACCUGAGCUGUUCUUGUCCUUGCUGAAGAACCAUGAAGCAUUGUGGCAGCCUAAGCAUUGUGGUUAAAUAAUGUAGAGUUUAGAUUUUCAUGCAAAUCUGGGGAUAAAAUGAAGGAAUUAUGCUAUACGCAAAAUUUACUUAGCUUACUAAAAGCAGAACAUCUCUAUCUGAUACUUCCAUUAAUUAUUUUCCUCGAAACAUUGUGCCUUUCUUUCCUGAAGAGGAGCGGCAGGAGCAUGAUGCAAGAGAAUUGUUGCUUUAUAUUCUGUUGCGCUGGUUUAAAAUGGUGCAGUUCUGUCUUUAAAAAAAAAAUCCAAACCUCCAGCUAAAAUCUCUUUGAACGUGCUUGUGUAAUUUGAAUUCUAAUAAACCAGGACUUGACUUAAAAAUAAGUUGCUUCAUAAAAUUGUCCUUGGCUUCUGAGCUGUUACAAACAUCCAGAGCAGUAACAGAAUCUUUGAAGAGCUGUAGAGAGGCCCCAGGCAGAGGGAGGUCAUAAAAUACUGACUUCUUGAUCCAAAACAUGAAUCUGACAAGUCCAGCUUUGCCUCCUCCUGGGAAGGUGCGUUCUGUUCCUGACUUGCAUCCCAAGACAACAGUGCAACUGCGAAGCGUUUCAGGUGUCUCUGUGAUUAGCAGGGAACAGAAGUGAUAAUUCCUGCUUUGCAAAGCUUUUUGUAUAUGCAGUCAUUGAGCUGUUGCUGAGGUCCCAUCUUUUAUUGCGACCGUAUUUUCUCCCAUUAGAUAACUCGUUAUUUCUUAGACUUGUUUGAUGCCCACCAGGUGAAAUGUUUCCCACCACCCCUGGGUUUUGUCAGGACUUGCGUGAACUGAUCUGCAGUGUUCAUAGCUGAAUAUUGGGCCCUCAUUGCUACAGACAUUACUUCUGUAAUGGGUCAAAACACAGAAGGCAACUUACAAGGUAUUAUAAAAUCACAGAAUAAUUUGGUUUGGAGGGGAUCUUAAAGCCCAUCCAGUUCCACCCCCUGUUAUGGGCAGGGACACCUCCCACUGGAUCAGGGGCUCCAAGCCCCAUCCAACCCGGCCUGAAACACCUGCAGGGGUGGGGCAGCCACCACUGCUCUGGACUUCUCAUGUUGCCUGAUGCUCUUUGCUUUCCCUUAGUGAGCUCAUCUAUUAGGAACUGAUUUUGUUGCUACUGUUUAAUCAGCGUUUGCAUGAUCCUAGGAAGCACAGUCUCCAUCUGAUCAGUCUGUCAGGGAUACAGCUUCCUCCUAAACCAGUGAAGUACCUACCCUUUAUGAUAUUAACA